AGAUAUUUAUUACAUUAUAAAGAAAUAUAAAGAAAUUCCUGUGUGAUAAUCCCAUGUCACACAUACAUACACACACACCAUUUUCCCCUCUGAAACAUGAAAAAGGAACUCAUGUGCAACCAAUGUUCACGAGCAAUGAAUUGUGUCACCCUCCCAGCACAGGAAGACUGUUCUAAGGCACCUUCAACUCUUGUGCACAGUUCCCAAGAUAGCUUGUUCCAAGCUGUGUGUUGAGAAUGUUCUUUUCUUCAGGCCAAAACUCUACCACCUUGGACUCUGUGUUCUGCUGAACUGAGGACACACAUACCUACCACAGACCACGAUCAGAGAACUCUGCCAGCUCCUUCUCACUCUUAACCUGAGAAUUAGUUAUAUGCCCACAAUCCAUUACCUAUAAUUUCAAAAUAAACUAUCUUUGAAAAAACAAGGUUUUUUUUCAUAACUUUGGCCCAAACCCUAACCUCAACUAUUAUGAUACUAUAUAUAGCCUUUAUCUCGUUUAGUGUAAAUAUUCAUAUACUUAACUAAGCAAAUGUUGAUGUGAUUGAUUACAGGGCCCUGCCCUGAACCCCAACUGAAGAUAUUUCUUAGUAUAUGAUAUAGUCCCUUUGAUAAUCUGAAAAACUCUCAGUUCUAAUCCAUAUCUAUCCCAAAAUUUAAAAUAAAGAGUCAAGAAUUUGAAUAAUUAGCCUGAAACAAGUUGAAACUUGUUAGGACUCUUUAUCACUCUAAAGUGUUUACUGUCAACACUAUCUUAUAGAGUCUGAGAGAGUCAUGCAGAGAAUCUCAUGUUCCCUGGAUAAAUAGCCCAUCUGUUUGUUCCAAUCUCUUUCAAGGUCACCCUUUGAUAUCCUGCAGGCACUUGGUGCCAUAUUCCCAAGGAUAGACCAGAAGAGUGCCAUACUGGAAGCAAAUCCCCGGAAGAUAGGGCUCAAACAGCCCAACCCUUUGGCUCACCAACUCCAUCCAGGUCUCAGUUGCCAUGUGUUUUCCUUCAGUAUCUUUCAGUCUCAGACUCUGAGCAAAAAGGAAGACAGACUUACUUAAUGUUAAGGUAGAACAUUCUAGAAUUCAGGGAGACUAGAAAAUCAUGAUAAUCAGAAAGUAAGAAAAGGCAGAAGAUAGAGGCUUCUGAGGAGUUUCUCAGAACCAACUUCUUCUCUGAACCCAUGUCCAUUAGCAGAAAGUCUAAGAGAUCUCCACUUCCUGUCUGACCAGCAGCCUAGCCCUGCACCAGUCUCACCCACCUUCUUCUCAUCCUAGACACCCCUGGCCAUCUACACAUGCAUCAUUCAUUCUCUCCUCUGCGUCCCGGGCACUUCACUGUCUGUGCAUUGCAGAAGUGCAGAGGUGCAUGGCUCUGCCUGCCAUCCCAUGUGUCGCUCUCUCAUUCCACCUCAACUGUCCUCAUCAGAAUUCCUUUCUAGAGAACGGAGGUCUGAAUUACACUAUACUAUGCAACCUUUCCUUGUUGACCAGAAUGAAAAAUGUGCUAAGACAGGUAUAAUGUGUACACCUGUAAGUGUAGCACUCCAAAGGCAGGGGGCAUCACAAGAGGGAGGCCAGCCUGUGCUACAUAGUCAUACACUGCCUCAAAAACAAAAUAUUUUUAAAACACAAACAAAAUAAAAAGAUAACUUGCCUAAUAUGCACAAGGCCUAGGUUAGAUCCCUAAUACCAAAAGCGGGAGCAGGGGUAAAAGGGCUGCUAAACAGACCCAAGGAACUUGGUUUCAGUUGCCUUAAGAAACAAGAUUUCUCAACUGGCCUGCUGUGCCUUCUCUCUCAUCUUGCCCACUUCCCUCUCACUAAACCAAAUGCAUCUGUCCCACCACACACUAAAGAGAGCCAAGGGAACACAAUGACUUCUUUCUUUACCUAAAAGAAACUAUUAUUUAAUGGUUAAAGCUGGAAUCCAGCAGGCUUAGAUUUGAAUCUUGGACUAACUGCAUGCCUUAGGCUAAUCAACUUUUCUGAACCUUUUCUUCACCGUAAAAUGAAGCAAUAAUGCCUACUGCAAAAAGGUUCCUAAAAAAAGCUGGAACAGGGGUGCACACUUGUAAUUCCAGCAUUCAAGAGGCUGAAGCAGGAGGACUGCUGUGAGUCCUAUGCCAGCCUGUAGCUACACAGUGAGUUCAAGGCCAUCCUGGCCUACACAGUGAGGUCCUGUCUCAAACAACCAAAGAAAACAAAAACAAAAGGUUCCUAAAAGGAUUGCCUAAAAUAAUACAUUCAGUUUCUGGCACAGACCACAGCACAGAAGAGCCCAACAAAUAUUUGACAUUAACUCCUCUCCUGGAAACAGAACCAAGCCCCACCAUCAAACAUUUGCUCAAAGACCUGGCGCCCAUGCACACUAAGCACUAUCUGAGGAGACUUGCCUUUCCCUGAGACCAAUUACAUUUCCUUGCAGGAAUUUUUCUGCUAACACUCUUUCCAUCACUGUAGAACCCUUCUGUGUGCACACUCACAUGACUCAGAUGAUAGCCAGGUUUGCAGGACAGUUCUUCAGCCCGGGUCAGGCUCGAAGAGGACACCCCCUGCACACAGAAGCCUUCCUAGGCACAAAGGAGACCUCUAGAGGACCUCAGAAAGACUCCAGAAAGACAAGAUACGGAGUAGGAAAAUGGCCACUAAAAAGGUUCUAGAGUUCUUUUCUGAAGUCAUUUUUCUCCAGAAAAAUACUAGGUAAGAGAUCAAAGACACAUGGCAAGAAAACUGAUGAUCGAGUAGAAGAGAAACUACUACACAUAGGUCAGCCUGGAGCAGGGAGUAGAGCAUGAAGAAAGCCCUCCUCAUUGUACCUGGGUAAUUCUGGCUUCCUGAAAACCUGCCAGUUACUAAGGAAACAUUAUCCCAGUUAGCUCUUACUCUCCACAGUCAGUGCUCAGCAUGGCACCCUCCCACACACACCUGCUUUCCACUGCAUUUAGAGCCCACUCAUUAAUAAUUGGUUUCAAACUAGGAACUUUUAGAAGUUAUGAUUCCCAAGCACACCCCAUACGAAUUAAAUCAGAAUCUCUGAGAAUAGAAGACAGAUCGGUAAGUGUGAUGUCUCCCAGUAAUUCCAAAGUGUAGGCAAAAUUGAGAAUCACUGCUUUCAUCAGUGUCUUUUUUACAUCACAAACUGUAGGAAUUUUUAUAUUUUUUAAAUUUAUUCUUAUUUUAUGUGUAUGAGUUUUGCCUACAUGUGUGUAAAUGUACCCAUGGUUGAACUAAAGAUGGGAAGAGACAGAAAGACACAGAGAUGGAGAGAAUAUGCUGCAUUUUCCUCCCCAAGAGCAGGGAUAAUACAGGAACAUGAUCCACUCCCAGACUGAGGCAGGAUGAUCACAGGUUGGAGGCCAGCCUCCUAUACUGAGCAAGACUAUGUAAGAAAAGAGAAAAAUGGGGAGAGAGGAAGAAGAAAAAAGAAAGGACAGGCCAGGGCAGGAAAGGAAAAAUGAAGGGGCAAAGGAAAACAAAGAGGGGAAAGGAAAAAAGGGGGGGUGGUAUGGACCUCAGGCCACAAUGAGACUCUGUACCCAAGACUCCAUCACCUAGCAGGACCUCUGUGACCUCAUGCUGCAGUAAGUCACAGCCCAGGUCAGGGGACUUGCCUCCCUGGGGAGCUUGGGGUUCCUGCAGCAGCCACAACCCUGCACAAUCCCUCCCAUCCCCCACCAUGCUGGUCAGUACUCCACACAUGCUAACACUGGAUGAAGCAGAUGCCACUUGGGCCCUCAUCAAAGAUAAGGUCAUCGAGGAACGCUUUGGGUCCAGUGUAGUGGCAGUACCUUUCCUGUCUGCUGCAGCCUGCUAUGACCUACUGGGCGUGCUAGUGAAACAGUCCCAUCCAGCCCGCACCCGCCUGGUUUUGCCUGGUCGGCAGGGCCGAAGGGCAUUGAAAUCAGUAGGGCUGCUACCAAAUCUUCUAGAAGAGGCAGGGUGUGAGGGUGUCUUUGCCCACUGCACUCAGGAAUACUCACCAAAUGGCCGCGCUGAGAUAACCUAUGAAGAAACACGGGUGCUGGAAGGGCAGCCCUGCCGGAUCCACCUACACAUGGGGGGCCUGCACAAGAAGGUUGCCUUCCUGCUGCUGCCACCAGGGCAGGUGAGCCUACAGCCAACUCUUCCCUGGCUCCGAAGCACCCACAGCAUCUAUGUCAUCUACCAGGUCUUCUCCUGCACCUGGCUACAGCUAGGGCUGUUACCUACAGCCCACGAGCCCCAGCUCCUCCGUUUACAGCAGUCACUGCCUGUUGCCUUCUCCUGCCUCAAGUUUUCACUGCAGCCCAAGGGUGUGCUGGGACCACAGAAGUCUCUGACUAAAGACCCAUUGCCUCAUGGGGCCUGCUGGGUUAGACCUAGCCUUAGCAUCAUAUCAACUCUGGCCACAACAUCAGCACCUACUGAUAUCCCUGAAGUUGCUGAUGAGUCUCCACCUGUCCCAGCCCCACCUAUACCACCUCCCCAAGAAGGGCCAGAAGGCAGACCCACCAGAUUCUCCUACAAGGGCCGAAACCCCUUCCGGAGGGGCCCCUAUGUGCUUUCAGACAACUGGCUCUUCAGUCCCCGCAGCCCCCCACCAGGAGCUCAGGGUGGGGGCCCUGGGGACCCCGACGGGCACUCCAUGUCCCUGCCCCUGCUACAGGGUCUGUCCUCAGAGUUCAACAGCGACGAAUGAAGCUGAGGCAAGAAGUGCGGGGGCCAAGGCCCCCAAGACCUGGCAUAGACUGGUCCCCAAUAAACAUCAGCUGUUGCUCCCCCAAA